UGUGUCUGUCACUCGGACUUCAUUCUCUCUCUCUCUCUCUCUGCUUUGAAACCCUAGAAAAUUAAUCUUUACCAGAAGUACCGAAGCUGAAAAGCCUCCUGGUUCAGUGUUUCUUGCUGCAUUUCUCGAUUUGCAGAAGAAUUGUAGGGAUAUCUUGUCAUAUAGUUAUGAUGGAUGGGGAUCUCUGGGGUCCGUCAUACACACAAGAUUCACCAGAAAACAGCUUUGGUAUACAACAAAAUGAAUGGGAGUGUGACUUCUACUUCGGUUAUGGUGCAGAUGUGAUAGAAGAAGAUGCUCUAAAUGAGAAAUCUUGUGUAGAAGUACUAAGAAAAUUGAUAUCAAAGGCAGAUAUUGAAAUUGAAGCGCUUGAAGAAGAUCUGGUAAUUCUUCAAACCCAAUUAGAGUGGGCUGAACAGAACAAAUUAAAAGAGUGGUUUGAAAUAUGCUGUAACGGUCUGGAAGAAAAAACCAACUUUUUGGAUCUUCUGAUACGGAAUUUGAAGAAUGAAAAUGUGCAAAAUGAGUGUGAUAAUGAUAUUCAGUCACUGAUGCAUGGGGAGCCUCCCGGGAGAAUUUCUGAAAUGUUGAAGGCUUUACUCAGAACUCACUGCCAAAGUAAAUCUGAACAGACUGAAGAUAUUGCCAGCAAAUAUGCUUUCAGUCAUGGAACUGGCGAAUCCAGUGACAGGGAAAGUUUAAGCAACUUUGAAUCAGGAAGUAGCAUAACAGAUGAAAUUGUAGAACUCAGUGUCACUCAUGCAGACAUCAGUUUAGACUCGUCUAUCAUUGCCAAAGAUUUCAGAUCAGAUGCUUUAAGCCAUGCAAUGAGAAAAUUUGACGAUGAGGAAAGCUUGAGCUCCUUAUGUUUGAAAAAUAUUACAAUAGAGGAAGUCAAGGAAUCCAAUUUUCCUUGUGCCAAAGAUUUCAGAUCAGAUGCUUUAAGCCAUGCAAUGAGAAAAUUUGAUGAUGAGGAAAGCUUGAGCUCCUUAAGUUUGAAAAAUAUUACAAUAGAGGAAGUCAAGGAAUCCAAUUUUCCAUGUAUCAACGUCAGCUUAAAUUCAUCCGUGAAGCCAGAUGGGAAGUCAAUGAAUCAUCCAGUCACAGUAACAGCUCAGGAAGCUGGUAUUUUGGGCACUGAUAAUGCUCUUGCAGAAUCACCUUCAGCUUUACUAGGUAAUGAGGAAUCCAAUGUUCCUUUUAUCAACAUCGGCUUAAAUUUAUCAAUGAAGCCAGAUGGAAAGUCAAUGAAUUAUCCAGUCACAGUUACAGCCCAGGAAGCUGGUAUUUUGGGCACUGAUAAUGCUAUUGCAGAAUCACCUUCAGAUUUAUUAGGUAAUGUAGCAAAAGAUAUAAUUAUGUCCGAUACAAUGGCAGUACAAGAAUCCAGGAUCUCUGCAACUGACAGCACUGUGAAUGGAAAUUCGCAUUUGAAGUUGCAAGGGCAAAUGACAAAAAAUGAAAUGCAGUUCCACACUGUGGAUGGCCACGAACCAUGUGUUCCUCCUAUUGCAGAUGUCAUUUCAAUUACAUCCUCCAAUUCAAGGGGAAAAGAAAGACAAAAACCUGGUUCAACUUGUAGGAAUAAUAGUGCCAACAACCAGAAGACAACUAAGAAAACAGUUCACCCAAUCCCUUGUGGGCUCCAGGAACCUGGUGUUGAAUCUAAUGACAGUGAAACCAGCUUACAUCCACCUUCAAAGGCACAAGUCAAGAAAAGGAAGAUUAUAAAGCGUUCAGACAUUGCUGAAGUUAAAGAACCUAGUGAGACUCCUACAGCGUUUUCGCCAUUGCAAGGAGUUACAAUUGUGAGUACAAGCAAGGAAGACCUACAGCUCUCCAAUUCUUGUGAGGGCCAAGGUCCUGGUGUUGUAGAUGACAAUAGUCAUGAUGAAUUACUUCUACCUUCAAAGCCACCAAUCAUGCGAAAGAAGAGUACAAAAACUUCGGAUGUAGCUAAGGUCAAGGAAACUAGUGAGACAGUGCAAGGGGAUACAGUCAAGAUUACAAGCAAGGAAGACUUACAUCUGUCCAAUUCUUCUGUGGUCCAAGAGCCUAGAAUCGUCGGGAGCUUAUGUCCGCGUUCAGAACUACAGGUGAAGAGGAUAAUGAGUUCAAAUCAGCCAUCCAGAGUUUCCAAUGAACCUAGUGUUGCUGUGGGGAAUUCAACAUUGCAAGGGGAUUCAGUCAAUAGUACAAACAAGGAAAAGCUGCAGAUCUCCAAUUCUUCUGUGGCCCAAGAAACAAGAAUUGUUGGUGACAAUAAUCAUAACAGCUUAUGUCUGCCUUCAGAGCCACAGGCUGAGAGAUCAAUGGGUACAGAUCAGGCAUCCAGGGACUCCAAUGAACCUAGUGUUGCUCUCGGGAAAUCAACAUUGCAAGGGGAUACAAUUGAGAUGAACAGUGAGAAAGGUCUGGAAUUCUGCAAAUCUUCUGUUUGCCAGGAAUCCUGUGUUGCUCCUGACCAUAAUCAUAGUGCAAAUAAGCCAAGUGGAAAGAAAAGGAAAAGAGAAGGUCAGUUAUCCAAGUCUUGUGGCCUUCUUGAAUCUCAUGAAGUUAUAGGGUCAUUGCCUACUGACCGUGGUGCUAUUAUGAAAUUGACAAUGAAUGUUUUGAGGGCUCAUGUGAAGCAAAGAGGCUUGAAAGGCUUAUCUACCAAGAAGAAGUCUGACAUUGUGGAUAGAUUACUACAAGGACCAGUUGAAGAGAAGGGAGAAGGCCCUACCGAAGUGCUGCCUAAGCAGGUUGACAAGGUCCUUGCUGAGUCUAAGGACGUCAUGCCACCAGAGCUGGCCCAAGAAACUUCCACCUAGGACGAAGAUGGAUCAUGAGUGACAGACUCUAUUAUAGUGUUAUUGCUUAGGAAUAUCAAUAUAGUUCGCCGCUUUGUCAGAUUUUAGCUGUUUUGGAUACUCUCGAACUCGUAUGGUAGUAGGUAUGUUUCUAUUGCUUUGUUCCUUUCACCUACGUGCUUUCUUUUCUUUCUUGUAUAUAACUUUUUAGCUGAAAGCAAGGAGAGUUCGGGAGUGGAAUAAGCAGAUGGAUCUUUAUGGGCUGUAAAUUUGCAAUGGGUUUCUGCAAAAGGUUUUCAAUUUUGGUCCUUGGGACUUCUGAUUGCUUGUACAUGAUAAGCUGCUGCUCUUGCAACAGGCAAUAUGAUUUAUGUGGUUUUAUGAUUGACUUUCACCA